AACAGUUAAGGGCACUUUCACUCCGCCUUUAAUUUCGACAGAUUUUCGUCUCACACAUUACUGAUAACGUCUCUGUUUGAAAUGAGCGCCGUGUUUCUGUACGAGGAGGUCAUUAUGAUCUGAUCGGUCACUACCUACAAGCAGAUAGUGACUCGACUUGUUACGAGACAGACCGAGUAGACACGACUGACGAGCUGGUAACUAGCGUGGCAUUCACUCACAUAUCGUAUAAAGGUGUAACAAAAAACGCGGGAGUCCAGUUCUCAAUGACAGCGAUCGAAGAGGCGAUGAUGUAAUUGUUGCAAAUCGCGGUUUUUCGUUCUUUAGUUGUGUCUUUAAUAGUAAUUCCACUAGAUUCAAAAAUUAAAGAGAAGUUAGUUCUUGGAUAUUGUUCAUGCUGGUGUAUAUUGGGAUUUAGACAACUUCAAAACGCAAAAAUGUGCGAAACAUUUAAAAAAGAGUUCACAUUGUCCAAUGUUGGAUUUUCGCAUUCCGACUCGGAUUCUCUUGUUUUUUCGCAGUGGAAAUGGAACGCCGGGAUCUAUCUGUCCUACCGCCUGCUCACGGCUGGUUACGCGCUGUUUGCAUUCAUCUACAUAUUCCGAGAGGUUGAAAACCCUCAGCACACUCUUAUGGCGUACGUCACAAUAUGGUCGUUCCUCAUACUGACUAUUUACCUCGUGAUGUCGGUGUUUGUGACGUCAUAUCACAUUCUGACGUCACGCGGUAGAAGCCGUUCAGUCUGCAAGACAUCGGUGUUACCGAAGGCUGCGUACAGCGUAUCAAAUGGAGUCUCAACCGGGCUCUCCAACACGGGGUUCACUGUUGAUGGCAACACCGCAGAUGUCGUCAUAGACGUCAACGAAAAAAUCGCACCAACUCCGUACGGCACUAACAAACAAAACGAUGUCGAAUCAGCGACGUCAACCCUUAGUGUGAAAUCCGAGGUAACGUGGUACAUGAUCAUGACGUGGACACUGGCGGAUAUAGUAUACGUAUUCGCUUUCAUAGUUACGGUUGUGUAUUUCGGAGCGCUGUAUCCAUCGAUAGGUCAUACUAGUUACGGGGACGUAAACGUACACGGCGUCAACAGCUUCCUCGUCUUGAUCGACGCCUUCAUCGUAGCUCGACCCGUUCGUCUUUUACACGCGCUGUAUCCGGCGUUAUACGGAUUAUGCUACGUCGUGUUCAACACCGUCUACUGGACGUUCGACAAGGACAACAACGUGCUGUAUCCAAACGUCCUCGACUGGAAUCACCCUGAGAUCACGUCAGCGUUCAUUGUUGGGCUAACUUUGGUCGGAAUACCGCUUUUCCAGCUUAUGCAUUUCGGGAUUUACAUAAUAAGACUUUACAUUUAUAAACGAAUAUAUGGAUCUGAGGUCCCCGGAUGACAGACCAAUCAUAAAAGUUGUUUUUGCUUUUUUUUCAGCGUAAUGCGUUAUUCGUUGGAACUCUAAACGUCUAAAUAUCUGUAUAAAACGUGGAUACAUUAUAGUUUGUUACUAUAUUGACAUAUAUAGAUACUAUAGUGUUGAGAAGCUAUCAAUAAAUAGUCUACUAUUUGAGAGCAUCGGCUAGAAACAUACUUGUAAAACCUGAAUCUUUGUGAUUACUUUUGGGGUAUAACAAUUGUUUGGAUUCGAACAUGCUGUAAUAAAAAAUAUGUCAAGAAACGUACCGGCUAUAAUAUACGUACUAUCCCAAAUGGGCCGUAACUGUGAUUGCUACUUUUUUAGAUCAUUUAUGGUGUAUGAUUAUCAUAUAUUGUAUG